UGUCAAACUGACAGUUGCCGAUCGGCUUCGGUCUGCAAAGGGUUUUUCAAUCAAUCAGUUUUAAAAUCGUAAUGUAAUUUUUAAAAACAUGUUAUUAUUUAUAAAAAUGUGAUAUUCAACAUGAUAUUAUGAGCUUAGUUUAUUGGAUCUGUGUGUAUAACUUGAUUUAUUCAUGUACAGAAGUAUAAAUUUAAUGGGGCACCGGCUUAGCAGCUCAAAAUGUCUCACAGUUUGUUUGGGACUAACAUUUAUUAUGGGCUGCUUUUUAGCUUCCUUACCAAUACAAAGCGUCAAUGUAAUUUUUUUUUUCAGACAUAUACACGAUAAGACAUAUAGAAAGCGAGAUAUGAGAAAAUGUUUUAAUCAGAGAGAAGUGACACGACGUAGAGACAGAGUGACAGGUUUGCAUAGCGUUGACUAUGUAAUCGACAAGACUCAUAAUGUGACCAUAGACUCGUUACCUGUCACUAUAGUUAAUGUGAAAUUAAUAUGCAAUAAAACAUUAACUCCAUGGUGUCAGUGUGAACCAGAUAAAAUUAAGAAAACCUAGUCAAUAAUAUUUUGUCAGAAACUUCUUUUCUCGUAGACGUAGUUUUUUAGUUUGAAUGUCGACAUCCGUUUAACUGUAAUUUAUAUUAUUUGUGUGUUGGUGAGUUUAAAUUAUCAAACCAUUUUAAUAUGAAAUAAAGAUUAU